AUGUCACUCUGGACUUUAUUCAUUGUUGGGGCUUUCUUACAGCCCGUAUUUAGUGACCCCCCAAAUAUUGUUCUGAUAUUUGCUGAUGACUUGGGCUAUGGUGAUUUGGGGUGCUAUGGACAUCCUACCUCCCUCACCCCCAAUCUGGACUUGAUGGCAUCUAGAGGACUGAGAUUUAAAGAUUUCUACAGUGCAGCACCUGUGUGUUCUCCAUCCAGGUACUGUAUAUAUUUAUACGGUUUCAUAUUAUUAAUCUUAUAAAUCUCCUUUAAUUGGAAAGUGUGAUGCCCUGGACUUUACCUAGUGCACAUUAUACCUACUCCUUCUCCUGCAGUCAUGGCCAAAUUCUCCCCCUCCCCAAUUACAUAGUUACAUAGCUGAAAAGAGACUUGUGUCCAUCAAGUUAAGCCUUCCUCACAUUCCCCAGUUUGAAGCACUUCCAAUUUUGCAACAAACUAGGAAAACCAUUCCUUCUUGACCCCAGAAUCUUGAUCCAAUUUAUCCUUGGAUCAAGAAGCUAUUAACCUACAUUGAAAAAUUAUAUCCUUGAAUAUUCUGUUUUUGCAAGUAUGCCUCUAGCUGCUGUAUGGACUCUGAUAAAACCACUUCUUCAGGCAGAGAAUUCCACGUCCUUUAUUGUUCUUACAGUAAAAAACCUUUCCUUUGCCUUAGACUAAAUCUUUUUCUUCCAGUCUAAACGCAUGACCUUUUGUGUCCUAUGUAAAGUUCGGUUUGUGAAUAGAUUUCCCCACAAUGGUUUGUAUUGGCCCCGAAUGUAUUUGUAGAAUGUUAUCAUAUCCCCUCUCAGGUGAUGUUUUUCUAAACUAAAGAGGUUUAAAUGUGUUAACCUUUCUUCAUAGCUGAUAUGUUCCAUUCCUUUUAUUAAUUUUGUAGCCUGCUUCUGCACUUUUUCUAGUGCCAUAAUAUCAUUCCUUAGAACUGGUGCCCACAAUUGCACAGCAUAUUCAAUAUGUGAUCUUACCAGUGAUUUAUAAAGAGGCAAAAUGAUAUUCUCAUAUACCUUUGCAUCCCUAAAAGCACCAAUAUAUGGCAUUGAUGGAAAAACACAAUAAUGGCAGAAAAAGACUGUGAUUGCAGUGGUGAACUAAUGUAACAUUAUUUCCCAAUUUUUGCCACCCUCCUGUUUUGCAUACCUUUUGGGUGGAGGAAGGUGGCUUCCCUGGGGUCAAGUGGGACUGCUGGCUGAGGCUGAUGUGGUUGCUGGGAGUCUGCUCGUUCCUCUCUUCCCCUGUCCCCACGCAGCUCUCUGAUAUCUGGGAGAAAGUGAUGUGAACUCACUUCUUUCCUGCACAUCUGACAGGGGCCAGUUUUAUGCUGAUAGUGAGCUGCAGCGCCCUACCGCUCCUGAUCGUGAUUCACAUUGUGCAGACCCCUGUGCAGCUGUAAUGGCAAGAGUUCCACUACUGGGUGAUUGGUACUGAUACUAAAAAAUGUAUGCGUUUUUAAUUAUUGGGGGAGCAUUUAGAAUGCAGUGCUUUACAACAGGGGUCAAGAGAGUUUGUUUACCUGUUAUUUAUGCCAUCUAAUGUGUAUCACAUCUCCCCUACCUUAACGGUCACAAUUUGUCUUCCAUUAUCCAGUCUCUCUUCAUAUACAUAUACCUAUUAAACCCUCAGGUAAGUAAAAACUACCUUUGGCCAUUGCGCUGUUCUCUAGGACUUGGAGGUUUUGUUUGGAGUUCACCUUCUGGGGUGUAUGUGUGUGUGUGUGUAUAUGUAUGUGUGUGUGUGUGUGUGUGUGUGUAUAUAUAUAUAUAUAUAUAUAUAUAUAUAUAUAUAUAUAUAUAUAUAUAUAUAUAUAUAUAUAUAUAUAUAUAUAUAUAUAAUAUUUAUAUUUUUUAAAACAAAUCCGCCUUAAAGGACCACUAUAGUGCCCUGAGGGUGCCCCCACCCUCAGGGUCCCCCUCCCGCCCGGCUCUGGAAGGGGGAAAGGGGUAAUAACUUACCUUUUUCCAGCGCUGGGCGGAGAGCUCUCCUCCUCCCCUCCGCCCACCGCCGGCUGAAUGCGACCGCCGCUGCAAGCAGCUGCGCUGCGAUUCCAGCCUCCGCAUAGGAAAGCAUUUACAAUGCUUUAUAGACGCUAUGCACUCACCGUGAAAAUCACAGUGAGAAGCACGCAAGCGCCUCUAGUGGCUGUCAAUGAGACAGCUACUAGAGGAUUAGGGGGAAGGCUUAACCCAUUCAUAAUUAUAGCAGUUUCUCUGAAACUGCUAUAAUUAUGAAAAAAUGGGUUAACCCUAGAAGGACCUGGCACCCAGACCACUUCAUUAAGCUGAAGUGGUCUGGGUGCCUAGAGUGAUCCUUUAAGCCCCAUGUUCACAGCCUCUCAUUCUGCAUGCUCACAUGUUUGAACAGAUAUUGAGGAAAUGAAUGUCCUCUUUAUGGUAUUGCAUGCUGAAGGCUCGUCUUGGGGAUCUCUCCAGUUUUUGAAUAAGUGCUUGAAAAUGACAUAAAAAAAGCUGGAGGUACUGCACCCAUAAUAUGUGAUGAAACCAAUCGCAAAUUGUGCUGUUCUUUGUUUUGCUUUUCAAAAUCUCAUUCCUUUAAGACAGAUGUUUGUGCCAGACACCGCACGUAGUUGCCACUAGCAUCAGGAGAAGAUGACAGGUUGUUUGAACCUGUUUCUAUCUAUUAACUUACUGGCAAACACAAUAUUGGUAGCGGGAGGGAGAAUAGGUAUACCCCAGGUAUCUUUACUAUUUUGCCUAUUACACCCUCGAAGUCUUGCUUGACUUUCUUCUUCUUAAUUUUUUUUUUUUUUUUUUUUAAUCUGUAAAAUUUUGUACUUGACUAUUCCUUUUUUUACUUUCUGAUUUCAUUGUUUGUUUGUUUUUUGCUGGCAGAGCUAGUCUCCUGACUGGCAGAUAUCCGAGCCGAACUGGAGUGUUCCCUGGUGUAUUUUACCCUAGCUCUCGAGGUGGUCUUCCACACAGUGAGGUGACAAUUGCUGAGGUCCUACAAUCACAAGGAUAUGAAACCGCUAUUGUGGGAAAGUGGCACGUUGGGCUUGGGCUGAAUGGUACAUUUCUACCCACACAACAGGGAUUUCAUCACUUUCUGGGAGUUCCCUACUCUCAUGACCAGGUAACAUAAUUUUUAAGAUAGGUUAUCUGUAUUGGUGGUUACUUUGACCAAAAAUCGUUUACAUAUUAGAUAGAAGUGUAGUGUGGACAAAAUUCUGUAUUGCUCCAGCAAAUCAAAAGUGCCCAGAGAUCACCAUCUGAUUUGUGUGGCAACAUGCCAUAACCAUUGUCUGCUCAUAACUAAUAGGCUACAUUGAGUUCUCUAGUAGGCUCUACGAAUGCCGUACCGUCUGUUGCUUGACAUCUACAUACACUAGGGGCUGACCAGGAAUGGACCUCGAUUGACUUCCAGGCAUUGUGAUCACGGAAAUUGCUUGUCUUAAAUAUAAAUUCUGAUUGAAGGGUUUAAGUCCCCACACUGGUCUCAUUCAUGACUGACAAUCUGCAUAGCAUUUUCGAAAAAUGAUCCAACACCACACCUGUUGGUGAUUUCAGUAUUGUCCCUGCUUUGGCUAGCAUGAUGCCAAUAUAAAGUAACAACACUAAUUUAUUGAAUAGAGGAUGUUUUAAAGUCUAGAUCAGGACUUCCCAAACUUUUUUGAAAACAAAUUUUCUUUUGCGACCCACUCGCAUGUAAUGCAUAUUUUAAAAAUGAAGAAACUUGGCACAUCAUGGCAAAUCUCAUUUAGAUGCAUACAAUUGGCACACCAUUGGCCGUUUUAGAGGGCCCUGGUGCAAGUAUGUUUUCUGGGCACCCCUCCUCAAGUGUGGCCAAAAGGUAGAUCCCCAUUUGUAGGAUAAUUCGAACAAUGCUAUGCGAGCUUGGGGAUCUACCAUUUGCUCAUACUUGCAGGGUUGUACUUGUGAGCAGUAUUUAUGCGUUUGAAUGUAAGCAUGUUUUUGUAUUAAAGCACCACUCUAGGCACCCAGACCACUUCAGCUCAAUGAAGUGGUCUGGGUGCCAGGUCCAGCUAGGGUUAACCCAUUUUUUCAUAAACAUAGCAGUUUCUGAGAAACUGCUAUGUUUAUGAAUGGGUUAAGCCUUCCCCCUAUUCCUCUAGUAGCUGUCUCAUUGACAGCCACUAGAGGCGCUUGCGUGCUUCUCACUGUGAUUUUCACAGUGAGAGCACGCAAGCGUCCAUAGGAAAGCAUUAUGAAUGCUUUCCUAUGUGACUGGCUGAAUGCGCACGCAGCUCUUGCCGCGCGUGCGCAUUCAGCCGACGGGGAGGAGGAUCGGAGGAGGAGAGCUCCCCGCCCAGCGCUGGAAAAAGGUAAGUUUAACCCCUUUUCCCCUUUACAGAGCCGGGCGGGAGGGGGUCCCUGAGGGUGGGGUCACCCUCAGGGCACUAUAGUGCCAGGAAAACGAGUAUGUUUUCCUGGCACUAUAGUGGUCCUUUAAGUAUUUGUAUAUACUGUUGCCAUUGGAAUGUAGUGGUGUACUUGUGUGUAGUGUUUGCAUGUAGUGUUGGCUUUUAAAUGCAGGUGUGCUUUUGUGUGUAGUGUUGGUGUUUGAAUACUACUUCAAAAGUGUGCGUGACGUAGUUGUGGUGCUGAAAGGGUUAAAGUUCAUUAUCUGUCUGGAAAUAAUGAUUAAAUCCCACUUAACACCACCCACACUUAACCAUAUUUAUUAUUAUAAUUGCCAUUUAUAUAGCGCCAAUAGAUUCUUUAGCGCUUUACAAUGUUACGAGAAGGGGAUUUAACUGUAAAUCGGACAAUUACAAAAAACUUACAGGGACGAUAGAUUAGAAAGGACCAUGCUCAAACGAGCUUACAUUCUAUAGGAGGUGGGGUGUAAAACACAAUAGGACAGGGAUUUGCAGUGAAAUAAGGUGGGCUGCUCUUUAGGAGGGAGCAAGAGACAGGUAUGGGAGGUAGAGGUUAAUCUGGGGGGGCCAUAAGCUUUCCUAAAGAGAUGGGUUUUAAGGCGUUUCUUAAAGGAUGCAAGACAAGGUAGGCAGGCUAUUCCAUAGGGCGGGAGCUGCCCGCGAGAAGUCCUGCAAGCGUGAGUUGGCCGUACAGGUGCGGACAACGGACAGGAGGUGGUCACGGGCAGAGCAAAGAGACCGAGAAGGGACAUACCUAUGGAUCUGAGAAGAACUUAAGAAAGGAAUAUUUAUUAUUUAUUAUGAGCAAAAAAUUGUCACAGUGCAUACAAAAAAUAGAUGAUAAACAAAUGAUUUACACCAAUAACAGAUAAAUACGAAAGGAAUAAAAUAACAAAGUCCUAAUCACUUACUCAGGUUUGCCAAGUAAAACUUCUGCCCAGGGGAUCUCUGGCAAGGAAGAUGGUGACUCACUCAAAAUAAGAUUUUGGCCCCAAGCAAGUACACUACACACUUCACUAUAAUUAGGUAUAUACCAUGUGGAUUAACAAGUCUCGCACAGAGGUGGAGAUAAGGUAACUAUAAGUGACCACCCCAUUGUGUUCCAGACCAACCUCAAUCCAAAUGGAAACAUUUGGUUCUAUCUCCUCUUAUGUACUUGCCACAGAAAUAAUUGGAUCUGUGGCUUUGUUACAUUUUUCCAUUCCGUAUUUAUGUCACACUGCUUACUUGUGACCCAAUUUGACAUCACAAUCCUGCCCAACAGCAGCUCAUGUUUAGGCUUGAUUAGAAGAAUGUGCUUGUCCCAUUCUAAAUAUAAUAAAAAAGAGGCUUAAUUAUUAAUCUAUGUAUUAAUGUUUCUUUUGGAUAUGAUACUGGAACACAAGGGUUUUCUUGAAGGCUAAUGAUUUAACAUAUCAAAGAAAUGAACUCCUCAAUUAAGAGGUACAUUCCAUAUGGUUGAAGUCAGUUAGUUUAUAAUGUGUGUUUUGGAUGUAAUGUUGGCUUUGAAAUGUACAUGUGUGCGUAGUAUUGGUGUUAGAUUGUGUGUAUAUCUGUGUAAGUACGUAUGUGGCAGUGUAUGUACGUACAUACAUACAAAUUCAUGUACACAUGAAACAUACAUAGGUGCUCACCCUGACAAACAGAUGCACAAGUACAACUCAUUUUAUCGUCCGAAUGAGCGGAUGUGCCAUUGACUGGUCAAAUAUCAGGAGCUCAUGUGGACUAAAAAAGGGGGUGCUCCCCCUGGCUCAUGGAGUUAUGGUUCGGCAUAGUCUCUUGUACCGCCCCUCCAAUUAGCGCUCUCCGAACUGGCUGGGAAGUGGAUGGAAACAGUGGUUGAAGUUGACCGGCCAAUGUUUGUAACCACAGCCAAGCCGAAGUUCCAGGGGAAUAUGGUCAGUUCCCUCCGGCUCUCUUUUAUACACCGACCCCCAGCAUAUGGUCUCCAUUCACUACAUCCUAGAUCCCGCCCUGGUGUCUCUGUGUCUGGCAGAUAAUUGAGUCAACUGUUACUAAACCAAUUAUUUCCAGGCACAGAGAGCCUAACACAGAAAAACCCCAAAACAGAGACAAAACAUCCCUGAAACUGUACAAGCCAUACAUCCCCGCAUUGUGCAUGUUGGUGUGCCCAACCUGGCAAUAUAGCACUGUAAAUCGUGGAGUUGUAGGGAAACUCCACUGUCAGGCCUAACCUUAGUUGGGAGUCCGGUAUGCAGAGAUGUAUGCUCACCCUUGCAAAUAAACACAGACCAAGGUGACCAGAUAAGGAAUCACCUGGCCUGGGAGUCUGUGCAUGGGGCUGUGCAGGCUAUUGCUCCAAGUCGCAGUACAGGCAAGGACACAAGCAGGAGAAUAGUCAAGGAUAAGCCAAAAUCAGAGGAUGCCAGAAGUCAGGAUACACAAUAAGAAUAAGCCAAGGUCAGGAGCCGACUGGAGAACACUGGAUCACAAACACAGGAACCAGAGUCAAUAAACUGACACUAAACCUCAGGGAGAGGCAGUGUCUUAAACCUUGCUAAUUGGGCAUCAGCUUCAGGUGGGUUGAAAUUGAUAGGAGCAGUCCCAGGUAAAAUCCAGCCCCCUAGUGCUGCAGACAAGGCAGGAUAGGACAUCAGGCAGAAACAUUUACUGAAUUGUGGCUCUCAGACAAGACAGCAGAACUAAGGCAGCAAGAGUCCAGAAUUCAAAUCCCCUUUUUGGCACCUGUGGAAUGGUGAAUCUGAAUGGCACGGGGCCAAUCGUGACAACCAUCCCGUUAAAGUUUAGCCAGGUUGCUAGAACAGUCCUUGCCGAAAACCGUUUCAGACAAUGAGGGGGCUCCCCCUGGCUCAUUGGCUCAUAAAUAGCGAUUUGUUCCCCUUGAUUGACUGGAGCUCCCCUCCAAAACACGCUAUAAUUUGAUGUUGGACAAGGGGUGAAAACCACAAUGUAAUAAGAUCGGGCUGAGGUGAUGUUCGCGGCCGAGCCGGAGUUCCUUGAAAUACAUAGAGAAGUCCCUCUGAAGAGUCUUGGAUACUCAGGCUUGGUGUAUGGUCUGUGGACGGGGCAGAGAGAGGCACUUGCUGGAAUCACAUUGAGGGGGGAAGGUAACACAGGGAGCCAGGGGAGCGUUGUAGUCUUUAACUAAGUUUUAGCGCUUGGUGGUAUCUGCCACACUCCCGUUCCAUCUCCAUGUUUUCUGACACUUAUGGCUUUGGCGCUACAUCAGAAGUGCAACUGGGGCAGUGCUCACACUGACAGUCUAAAAAAGUUAUUAGAUCGUGACAGUUGAGGGCAUGUGUCACAACACCAUAACCACAAGCAGGGCAGAAUUUUGAACUUGUACUCCGGCCCACCCAAUAACUCAAGUGUUGCCAUGAGUGCUCAGAAGCAAGAAGAUGGAAAAUGUGUUUGGGGCAGUGCACUCAUUGGGUGAAAGACACUUACUCUUGCGUUGCUGGAGCUCUAUAGGCCUGGUUUCUUUCAGCUCCCCAAUUCUCUAGUUUGCUCCUGUUGUGGUUAUUGUGUUGUGACACAUGCCCUCAACUGUUGUUGUUGUUGUUGUUGUUAUUAUUUUAUUUAUAUAGCGCCAACAAAUUCCACAGCACUUUACAGUGGGUGGACGAACAGAUAUGUAGUUGUAACCAGACAAGUUGGACACACAGGAACAGAGGGGUUGAGGGCCCUGUUCCAUGAGCUUACGUGCUAGAGAGAGUGGGGUAAAGUGACACAAAAGGUAAGGAUAGUAUUAGACCAAUAAAAGUUGCAUGAGAGGACUGUCGGGAGCUAUUUACAGUUUAAUUGAUACGCUUUUAUGAAUAACUGGGUUUUUAAUAAUUUUUUUUUUUUUUUUGAAGGAGUGGAGACUGGGUGAGCAUCUAACGGAGUAGGGAGGCGUGGGAGGUGCUGGCGGACAGGAAGAUGAGUCUCGCCGCCGCAUUGAUUAUGGACUGUAACGGCGCAAGUUGGGAGCACGUAAGACCACUGAGAAGUGGAUAACAGUAGUCAAGGCGAGAAAGGACAAAGGAAUGGACCAGCGCCUUAGUCGUAUCUGGCUUUAAGUAGGGUCGUAUGCGUGCAAUGUUUUUGAGAUUGAAAUGACAGGAUUUGGUGAUAGACUGAACAUGAGGCGUGAAGGAGAGGUCGGAGUCAAAGAAAGCACCUAGGCAGCGAGCCUGCGUGGUGAAGCAGAUGGUAGCACCGUUGACUUGGAGGGAGACAGACACAGGAGUAACAACACUUGAGGGAGGAAAGACUAGAAUUUCAUUUUUUUUCAAGUUUAGUUUAAAGAAGUGGGAAGCCAUCCAGUUAGAAAUAGAAGAGGGGCAGUCAGAGACACUAGUCAAAAGGGACAGGGAGAGAUCAGGAGAGGACCGGUAGAUUUGCGUGUCAUCCGCAUAGAAAUGGUAUUGGAAGCCAAAGGAGCUAAUGAGUUUACCACACAGUAUAGAUAUAGAACAGUAGGGGACCAAUGACUGAAACUUGGGGGACACCAACAGAGAGGAGUUUGGGAGAAGAAGCAGAGCCAGAGAAAGAAACAUUGAAAGAGCGUUGGGAGAGGUAGCAAAACACCAGGAGAGAGCAAUAUCUUGUAGACCGAUAUUGCGGAGGAUGAGAAGAAGCUGUUGAUGAUCAACAGUGUCGAAAGCCGCAGACAGGUCAAGGAGAAUUAGGAUAGAGUAGUGACCAAGAGGUUUUGCAGCAAGUAGAUCAUUGGAUACUUUGGUCAGUGCCAUUUCCACAGAGUGCUUAGCAUGGAAACCAGAAUGAAGCGGGUCUAGCAGAGAGUUAGACUCAAGGAAGUCUGUCAAUCUUGCAUACACAAAUCUUUCAAGGAUCUUGGAUGCAAAAGGCAGUAGCGAGAUUGUCAGUGUGAGCACCCUGAUGCCAGUGCACCAGCUGCACUGAUGGAAUUUGGGAAAUAAGUACUGGAACAAAAUAUUUCCGUGCUCUAAAGUGGCAUUCUUUGGGAUUAAAUGUCUGAAGGUAUUACUUUAUUAUGUGCUUAAUCGCUCCAACUAAUCUGCUAACUUUUUCAAAUGCACUUUAAGGUUUGAAGCCUGAGCUGUCUCUUGACAUUUUGUACUAAAUUAGCUUCCUCUGCUAUAAAAUCUCCAUUUAUGUAUCACUCUAUACAGGGCCCCUGUCAUAACCUCACAUGCUUUCCACCAAACACUGGGUGCUAUGGUACAUGUGAUCUUGGAGAAGCUCUGCUCCCUGUAUUCUUGAAUGAAAAGAUCAUCCAGCAACCAGUGAAUUUCACAGGACUUAUCUCGAUGUACAUGAAAUUCAGCAAAUUGUUCAUUUACCAAGCUGUGAAAAACAGGAACCCUUUCUUCUUGUACUAUGCCUCACAUGUGAGUAAACCCAACCAGUAGAAUCAUGCUAACUCUCAGUGCUUCUGCAAUAAGUGUGGGGGUAGGAUUAUAGCAAUGGGUGGGGUGUAAGGGGGUGUGCGUUAACUGCAUUGUACACCGCAACUAGGGUGUGGAUCACAGGUUCAGAACAGGUUCUGUGUUUAUUUAUAUUUAUUGUUUUAAAUAUUUGGGGGUCUUACCUCUACUGAUUCCGUAUAAAGGUAACUGGUCAGCCAACGUGAACAAUGUGCAGUGGUGCUUUAAAAUGAUAUUGAAUACGGUGAUACACUUAUCACGUAUAGGCACCCUUUCCCUAAUUAUGGAAGAAACUCUUGUCACUUGCACAUGUGAACUACAAUACAUGGGAGAAAACUAUUAACAAUUUGAAUAUUACAGCACAUUAACUCCAUUCUGAUAAAUUUGGGCAAGCCAAUUUCUUGUCAUGGUGGUGUUCCCACUAAUUUGUCAUUUCAAGCCAUCAAGAAAGUGAAUCAUUCUCCUCGAAAGGGGAAUACUAAUAAAUGUUCCUGCAGAGGGAAUCUGGAUUUAUAUAUGAAUAUAAAACUCCAAUACCUUGUGGUUUAAAUUAAGACAUUACUUAAGUUCUACUUUUUAAAUUAUUUUGAUUGCACAUUUCACCCUUCCUUUUUCUGCUUCUAUCCACAGCACACUCAUUACCCACAGUUUGCAAGUGCUAAAUACACUGGCUCCACUCCACGGAGACGGUUUGGAGAUGCUCUCCGGGAAUUUGAUGGAUCAGUAGGGGAGCUGUUGCAGACUGUGUGGGAUUCUGGGAUUUUAAAUAACACAUUCUUUUUCUUCACGUCAGACAAUGGGUCAGUGUUUUUCUUUCUUUUUUUUUUUUUUUUUCUUCAUUUAUUUUAAACAAUUUGCCUUUUGUCAUAGUUAAAAACCAAGCUUACAUGGGAUUGUAAGCGAUCACGAUCGACUCUAGUUCAAGAGUGGAUCUGUAUAGAUUCUGUAAACUCAGAUAGAACCUGUUCAAUAUAUUGGAAGGUAAGUGUGUUCUGGUGUUAUCCUUCCUAUCUUUUAAACGUGUUUGCUGUAGGAAAAUUAGGUCAGGUUGUUGAAUUGACUGUAUUUUUCUAUUUUCAGGCCUGAGACCAUGAGGAUGGAGAGAGGAGGUAGUUCUGGGCUCUUGAAAUGUGGAAAAACUACCACAUAUGAGGGGGGCAUGAGAGAACCCGCAAUAGCGUACUGGGAAGGCAAGAUAAAACCAGGUAACUUCAUUGGAUUUUCAUGCAUAUAAAUUCACAAACAUAUACUGGCCAUAACAGAGAAGUUACUUUUUUUUUUUAUAUAUUCUAGUGUGUUUUUGUUUUUUGACAAUUUUUGUUUUCCAAGUAUUCAUGGAGUCCAAAAAGAAGAGCAGGAAGUAGUUAAUGGGUAACAGUAGGCAAUGUAUUCAUACAUCAAACACAUGAUACACAUGAGCUCCCACCCUAGAGGUCCAGGAUGGCUAUAAAUAUUGCCGGUCAGGCAUAACAUUGUUAGUUUUUACUUGUCUAUUCUCUCCACCUCUCCUGUUUAGGCCUUCCUUGUGGGUUGGGUUCCACUUGUCGUAGCCCCUCUUUAAUUCAAUAAUUGGAGCCCCACCUGUGCCCUAUAAUGAAAAAUGGGGCAAUAUAUUUCUGGCACCCAUAGAAUAAAAAACUGAACUAUAUAUAAUUACACCCCCAGCUCCCAUUCCUAGGCAGCAAGUGCGGGUCCCUAUUAAAAAAAAGAAAAUCACUAGUUCACCCUAAUUUUAUUACAUGACAGGAGGCUUCGUAUUUUGCAUAACUCUCUUUACUAAACUCCAUAGCAGUAAAGAAAAGGAUAGUAUGAAACAAUCAAAAAACAGUAGGAGGUAUGGUCUUCCCAGUGAACAGGUUCCUCCCCCUCUUUCUUUACUGCUCCAUCAGCAGACAGGUCAGAAUAUUGAGCUCCUCAUAUUUAUUCAAUGUUUACAUAUUUAUUAUACUUAUAUUGCUUGUAAUUUAUUGCCUUUUUUUGUGUAUCUUUAUUUAACUGUCAUUCCUUUAUGCCUGGGUAACUUUCUACUCUGGAAUUGUUCCUGAGGCCCCCUCACAUAUACCUAUAUGUGUUCUGGGCACUCUGCUUCCCCCUCCCCCCCGGAUCUACUUACCCACACUUUCAGUGUGGCGGAGGCCAUCUUGGAUGUUUUUUGGAGCUUCACCCACUUGGUCUGACUCUGUUGGAGAGCUACACCUGCUUGGUCUUUUAAGGUAAGCAUUGUUUUAUUACUGUUUCAGAUUCCACUAUCAACUCACACUACUCUCAUCCAGGCAGGGGUCCCCACAGAAAGUCUCUGUUACUCCUGUGGUAUAUAUGCACUAUAGGGCUCAAUACCCUGUGCACUCUGGGGUAAGGCCCCAUUAAGGUGCUGCCUAUCAGAGCUCUGCUGUUGCAAUCUCUGCAUACUGGGUGCUGCCCAGACACAAAACCCAAUACACCCUGCUGGGGUGAUAUAUUCAGUACUGCUGGUACUUUCUGUUCCUGAGCUAUCCUACCCUACUGGGGCCCUAGUAAUACUAGUACUAUUCUGGAACAUUACCCUGCUGGGGUUAAAUCCGGUACUGCUGGUACAUAACGCUGCUAAAUGGCAAGGGACAGGGGACACCACCCUGCCACAGGACAAAGCUAUUCUGGACCCCAUGGGCCAGAUGCUCUUUGAUCCACAAAACAUCAGGUACCCCCGCUCCACAGACUGGACGCCUCCGGAACACCUCGCAAAGUUUAUGCACCUAUGGAUGCACAAACCAGUCCAGACCAAGUGGCCAUGACACCGGAAUUUGACCAGGUAAUCACGACCUUCAUGAGCAGAGGUGGUCACAAUCCCCGCCGCGGGGUGGAGAGAGGAUUCAAAGGAGUCCAAGACAAACUUCUAGAUACCUCCGGACCCCUCUCUCGCAUAAUGUUCCUGGCAGACGAUGCCUUCCAAUGUACAGACCAAUUUGAUGCCGACAUGGUCAGGGAAUGGGCUCACGAUAUCCGCGAAUGGGCUCAACGCGCUUUUUGUUUCCUUGGAGAGGCGUAAGGCAGCACUUCUCCGCAUAGAUGGGAAGUUGGUGGAGUUGGGCACCAAAGAACUCGGACCUCUGGCACAGGGCAAAUUAUUUGGAGACCCCUUUCUAAAGGAAUUGAACAGUCACGUCAACGUCUUUACCUCAUUGAGUAAAGCUCAAACCUCAAUGAGGAAGGUCUUCAGACAAUACCCCCCUAGGGGUGUUUUGGGACGGGCUGGAGGCCACAGGGGCCGUGCUGCCAGCCGUUUCUGGCCAUCAGGUCCCCGAUCCUCAAGACCGCAACCCUUCUACCCAGAAAUGGGAUACCGUCAACCUUUCACCUACUCAAGAGGUUCGGACAGAGGACACAGUACCCGUGGUCAUGGCAGGUCCCGCUUCGCACCAGGUAAGCUAUCAUCUACCUUCGAUCACCUUGCAUGCAGGUCAUCUCUCCCUUUUUCUUUCAGAACUGGAUGACCAUCUCGUUAGACGCUUGGAUACUCCAGACGGUACGGGGAUACAUCAUAGAUUUCAUCAGCACACCUUAUCAAGAGGUCCCACCACGACCGCUCAACAGUUUGGCAGAGGACUCCAAACUCAUCCAAGCUGAACUUCGGGAACUCCGCAACAAGGGUGCGAUAGAACCCACCCAGGACUCAGGAGGAUUCUUCAGCAACAUCUUCUUAGUAAAGAAGAAAACAGGAGACCUCCGACCAGUUAUAAACCUCCGGGUCUACCGCCACUUCAAAAUGGAGGGAAUCCACCUCUUACGAGAUCUCCUGCAAGACGGCGAUUGGUUCACAAGAUUGGACCUCAAAGACGCCUACCUAUCAGUACCGAUUCACACCAACAGCAGACGUUUCCUCAGCUUCACGUGGAACGACCGACCAUGGCAGUUCACUUGCCUCCCGUUCGGCCCCAUGGUGUUUCACCAAACUGCUGAAGCCGGUGGUUACUCAUCUGCGCGCAAGAGGAAUACAAUUUUAUAUACCUGGACGACCUUCUAAUCUUCUGCUCCGUCAAGUCACGACUCCACACACGUUUUGCCAUGGAACUCCUAGAAUCCCUAGGGUUUACGAUAAACCAACUGAAAUCGGCAACAACUCCGUCCCAAACUAUACAAUUCCUGGGAUUCGAAAUCGACUGUCUCCAGCACGCUCCGCCUGCCAACAGCCAAGAUCGCGGCUAUUCGGAAGGAAAUCCGCAAGACGAUCAUAUGUCAAUCGGUUCCCCUACGCAACCUAGCAUGGAUCGUGGGUCUCCUAUCAGCAUCCAUCCAAGCCAUCUUCCCGGGUCCACUCCACUACAGGGCGAUGCAACGCCUCAAGGCAUCCUUCCUCCGCCGAAAUCCCACCUACGACCAACCAGUACCGAUUUAUGGCAGAGGUCAAGGAGGAACUACAGUGGUGGCUGGACAGCAUGCAGGCCUGGAACGGCCGAGCGAUAUUCGGCGAAACCCCAGAUUUCGUACUGGAAUCGGAUGCCAGCCUUUGGGGCUGGGGCGCCACGAGCUAGGGAGUAUCGACAGGAGGAGCCUGGACUUCACAGGAACUCAACCUGCAUAUCAACUGUCUCGAACUACUGGCGGGCUCCUUCGCCAUACGCAGCCUGGCAAGGGACAAAUUGGAUUGUUGCAUUCUCCUCAGGAUGGACAACAUCUCGGCCGUCUGAUAUAUCAACCGCCUAGGCGGUGUCACGAUUCGGGGAACCCAACACGCUGGCACACACACACACACACACAAAAGGUGCCGUACCGGACCUUAGAGUGGCCGGGCUAAGCACACACAGAAUAGUCAGGAGGCAAGCCGAGUAAAGGGGAACCAGAAGACAGAAUAACGUAAAACGAGCCGAGGUCAAAGGGUAGGAGAAAGUCACAGAGUCAGAUAAACAAGCCAGAGAGUACGUAACCAGAAGCACAAGGUAAGUAGCAAUACUAGCAAGCAAAGACCACAACAGGGCAAGGAGGAACAGGAAAGGUAAGUAUUUAAACCAUCAGGUUAAUUCUGAUUGGAUGAUUUCCAAUCAGAAUUAACAAUCACACGUGGGAGAUAUUUAGACCUCCCACCGUGAUUGUGGCACUUUGCCUUUAACGCCGGGUCAGGUGACUGACCCCGGCGUGUAUAAACCUGGGCGGUCUCCCAGCGUGCAGCGUCAUGCAUGCUGCCGCUGGGGGACGUGGAGGGAACGGCGGGCGGCAUCCGAGGCUGGAAGGAUGCCGCUCGCCGUACCCACGGAGGGGACCGCGGACGGCUGGAGGGUGAGUACUGCGAGCGGAGUGCAGCCUCCCCUCGCAGCCGCCCGCGGGAGCCUGACAUUACCCCCCCUCGAAGACCGCCCAGGGGGCGGGAAGCGGAAGGCUUCAAAGGAAAGCGGGCAUGAAAGGAGCGGACCAAAGAGGGAGCGUGCACAUCGGAGCUCGAAACCCAGGACCGCUCCUCAGGGCCGUACCCCUUCCAGUCCACCAAAUAUUGCAGCCGACCCCUAGAAACACGAGAGUCGAGAAGGGCAGCCACCUCGUACACGUCGUCAGAGACAGCUCGAGGGGAAACGGGCCGCCCGAGGGGACGAGAGAACCGGUUACACAGCAAGGGUUUCAAAAGCGAGACGUGAAACGUGUUCGGGACACGCAUGGAAGGAGGCAAAUCAAGGGAGUAGGAAACUGGAUUAACCCUACGUAACACCUUGAAGGGACCAAGAAACCUGGGGGCAAAUUUCAUCGAGGGAACCUUGAGACGGAGGUUCCGGGAGGACAACCAUACCCUAUCACCCGGAACAUAGGAAGGGGCCGCAACCCUACGGCGAUCAGCAAACUUUUUCUGAGCAGCUGCUGAACGAGACAGCGCAACAUGGACCUGAUCCCACGUCUUCCGCAAAGAGGCGAGGUGCUGGUCCAAGGCGGGCAUUCCCUUGUCGGAGAACGCACCGGGAAGGACAGAAGGCGAAACCCAUAAGCAACCUCAAAAGGACUUAAGCCAGUAGACGAAUGAGACACCGUAUUCCUGGCAAAUUCAGCCCACGGAAGAAGGCGAGACCAGUCAUCCUGGUGCGCAUUAGUGAAGCAGCGCAAAUACAAUUCCACAGACUGAUUAGCACGUUCGGCCGCACCAUUAGAUUGCGGGUGAUAGGAGGAAGAAACGACAAGGAUACCCCCAUCUCAGCACAAAAGCCCCUCCAGAACCGAGAGACAAAUUGAGGGCCCCUGUCAGAUACGAUAUCCUGGGGUACCCCAUGCAAUCGGAACACUUCUUUGGCAAAUACCUGAGCUAACUGAACCGCAGAAGGCAGUUUUUUAAGCGGAAUGAAGUGCGCCAUUUUAGAGAACCUAUCCGUCGCAGUCAGUAUCACCGUCUGACCAUCAGAAAGAGGCAGGUCUACAAUGAAAUCCAUGGAUAAGUGGGUCCAUGGUUUCUUGGGUAUAGAUAGAGGCAUCAGAAAACCCUGGGGUCUCACAUUAAGGGACUUACAUUGCGUGCAGACCUGACAAGCCUGAACAAAAUCCACUACGUCUCGCUUGAGUGAAGGCCACCAGAACUGUUGAAGGAGGCCUUUGUAGGUUUUGGUAACCCCCGGAUGACCAGCAGUUUUGGCUGUGUGAAAUAAAGUUAACAACUUUUUUCUGUCAUUAGCUUCAACGUAUAGUUUACCAACUGGCGUCUCAGGGGGUGCCUGGGUUUGGUAUGUCUUAAUACUGUUAAGGAAAGGUGAAGAAACAACCAAACGGGUGGCAGCUAUUAUCUGAGACUCGGGUACAAUAGGUUCAGGAGUCGGGUUAACAAAUUCUACUGGUUCAUGCUGCCGAGAGAUGGCGUCAGCUUUGGCAUUACGGCAACCAGGUCUAUAGGUGAUAACAUAUUGGAAGCGUGAGAGAAAUAGAGACCAUCUAGCCUGCCGGGCAGAUAACCUUCUAGCAUCAGCAAUAUAGGAUAGAUUCUUAUGAUCUGUUAUAACCAUAAUUUUGUGUCUAGAACCCUCUAAUAAGUACCUCCAUUCCUUGAAAGCUAACACAAUAGCUAAUAGUUCCCUAUUCCCAACAUCAUAAUUCUUCUCUGAAUCAGACAACCUUUUAGAAAAAUAACAACAGGGAUGGAGGGGUUUGUCAUAAGACAACCUCUGUGACAGUAACGGCUCCCACACCUGACUCCGAGGCGUCUACUUCCAUAACAAAGGGAAGAGAAGGAUCAGGGUGGUGCAGCACUGGAGCAGAGGCAAAUGCCUUCUUGAGGGUUUCGAAGGCCUUAAGGGCUUCAGGAGUCCAAACCCUAGGUGUAGACCUUUUUUUGUCAACUUCGUUAUGGGAGAUAUGAGUGGUGAAAAGUUUUUUAUAAAUUUCCUAUAAUAGUUGGCAAAUCCUAUAAAACGCUGGAUAGCCUUUAGUCCUUGGGGAAGUGGCCAGGACAUUAUAGCUUCCAAUUUAGCAGGAUCCAUACUGAAACCCUGUUCAGUAAUGAUAUAUCCUAGGAAUUGCACAGAGGUCUGAUCGAAUAAACAUUUUUCUAACUUACAGUAGAGUCCAUUCUGCAAUAGCCUUUUGAGCACCAUCCUAACAUGGUUAUGGUGUGACUUCAAAUCAGGAGAAUACACAAGUAUGUCGUCAAGGUACACUACAGCACAGACAUGCAAUAGAUCCCUAAGGACAUCAUUUAUGAGGUCCUGAAACACGGCAGGAGCAUUACACAAUCCAAAAGGCAUGACCAGAUAUUCGUAAUGCCCACUGCGUGUGUUGAACGCUGUCUUCCACUCGUCAUUCUCCUUUAUACGGACAAGGUUAUAAGCCCCCCUGAGGUCUAAUUUGGUGAAAAAUUUAGAACCUUUAACACGAUCAAACAACUCAGUGAUGAGGGGGAUAGGGUAGGCGUUUUUAACCGUUAUAUUGUUCAGACCCCUGUAGUCUAUACAUGGCCUCAAAUCACCCUCCUUCUUAGCCACAAAAAAGAAACCAGCACCAGCAGGAGAGGAGGACCUUCUAAUAAAACCUUUUCUUAGGGAUUCCUGUAUGUACUCCUCCAUGAUUUGGUUUUCUUUUUCAGAAAGAGGGUAGACCUUUCCCCUAGGAGGCAUAGUGCCCGGUAAGAGGUUUAUGGCACAAUCAUACUCACGGUGUGGAGGUAGCUUAUCUGCCUCCCUCUUUUCAAAAACCAAGGCAAGGUCUGCAUAAACAGAGGGCACAGAAACCGAGAGUGGUUUAGCCGUGGGUACGUUAAGUAAACAGACAGGACGUACAUGAGCCACACAGUCUCGCUGACAAGAUUCCCCCCAGGAGAGUAUGUCUAAACAACCCCAAUCAAGAACAGGGUUGUGUUUAACUAACCAGGGAAAACCUAGAACGAUGGAGGCUGUUGGGGAGUCAAUUAUUUGGAAGGAUAACUUCUCUUUGUGCAAAACACCCACAGACAUAACUAUUUCCUGGGUUUCAUGGGUCACCAGAGGUUUCUCCAGUGGUCUACCAUCUAUGGCCUCAACGGCCAAGGGUGUCUCCUUUCGGAUCAAAUUCAGGGCUGCGGUUUUGGCAAAGGUCUCAUCCAUAAGGUUGUCUGCCGCACCUGAAUCGAUCAGGGCUUUGGUUGUUAUAGUGGUUUUAUUGACCAAGAGAGAAACCGUAAUAAACGGUCUAGAGAUGGACAUAUGAGGGGACAAAGUCAUAACACCCGAGGCCGACCCCUCUCUAGGCCUUAGGUGCUGCAGUUUCCCUGUACUUUAGAGCAGGCUUUACAGUGAUGCCCCCUCUUCCCACAAUAAAGGCAUAACCCCUCCCUUCUACGGUACGCUCUUUCGGCCUCAGUUAACCCCGUAGCACCCAACUGCAUGGGUUCAGGGGAUGGUUGCACAGGAGCGGGUAACGCUAGCAGGGAAGUACUGGGUAGAGCAGGUAACACCCGUGUAUCCAACCGUCUUUGGCUACGCCUCUCUCUAAUACGGUUAUCUAUAAGAAUCACAUAGUCUAUAACAUCAUCUAGAAGAGCAGGUAAUUCCCUGGAUGCUAUUUCAUCCAGUAUAUAAGCGGCCAGACCCUCCUGAAAGGCUGUUACGAGGGCGUCAUUAUUCCAAACCACUUCAGCUGCUAGAGUACGAAAUUCGAUAGUGUAAUCUGCUACAGACCUGUUACCCUGUCGGACCCUAAGCAGAGCCUUGCCAGCAGAAGCAACCCUACCGGGUUGAUCAAACGUGCGUCUGAAAGCUGUCAGAAAAUCAGCAAAGGACAUAGGAGACGUAUUUUCCCAAAUGGGGUUGGCCCAUGCUAAAGCUCUCCCGGACAAGUGGUUUAUCAAAAAGGCAAUUUUAGAUCUGUCAGUGGGAUAGGAGCGUGGAUUCAUCACCAAAUGGAUGUCGAUUUGGUUGAGGAAACCACGACACAAUGCUGGGUCACCACUGUAGCGCUGUGGCGGCGUCAUGUGAACUACAUGAGCGGGAACAGGUACUGGAGUGGGAAUGGGUUCGGGCACAGCAGCAGCAGCCUCCUGAACGGCCGGUUGCAAGUGUGCAGUACGAGCCAGAAUGGUUUGUAAAGCUUGAGCAAACUGAUCCAUACGGUGGUCUAAGCCAUCCAUUCUAGCCUCUUGAUUAACUAGGAGCUGUGGUAUGUCAGCAGGUUCCAUUAUGGCCCUGUUGUAAUGUCACGAUUCGGGGAACCCAACACGCUGGCACACACACACACACACACAAAAGGUGCCGUACCGGACCUUAGAGUGGCCGGGCUAAGCACACACAGAAUAGUCAGGAGACAAGCCGAGUAAAGGGGAACCAGAAGACAGAAUAACGUGAAACGAGCCGAGGUCAAAGGGUAGGAGAAAGUCACAGAGUCAGAUAAACAAGCCAGAGAGUACGUAACCAGAAGCACAAGGUAAGUAGCAAUACUAGCAAGCAAAGACCACAACAGGGCAAGGAGGAACAGGAAAGGUAAGUAUUUAAACCAUCAGGUUAAUUCUGAUUGGAUGAUUUCCAAUCAGAAUUAACAAUCACACGUGGGAGAUAUUUAGACCUCCCACUGUGAUUGUGGCACUUUGCCUUUAACGCCGGGUCAGGUGACUGACCCCGGCGUGUAUAAACCUGGGCGGUCUCCCAGCGUGCAGCGUCAUGCAUGCUGCCGCUGGGGGACGUGGAGGGAACGGCGGGCGGCAUCCGAGGCUGGAAGGAUGCCGCUCGCCGUACCCACGAGGCGGAGGGGACCGCGGACGGCUGGAGGGUGAGUACUGCGAGCGGAGUGCAGCCUCCCCUCGCAGCCGCCCGCGUGAGCCUGACAGGCGGAGCUCGCUCACGACUCCUAUCCGAACUCACGAAAGAGGUGUUCGACUUCUGCCUUCCACGCAACAUCUCCCUCAAGGCGGAAUAUCUCCCAGGGGAGUCGAACCUCACAGCAAACUGGUUCUCUCGCCAUUGGAGAGAUGGCAGCGAUUGGAUGCUGGACCAAGAGACAUUCAAUGCCCUCACGCAAAUGAGAGGACCCUUCCAUCUGGACCUCUUUGCAUCCCGCAACAACAGACAAACACCAGACUUCUUCAGCUGGCUCCCAGAUCCAGAAUGCAAAGCAGUGGAUGCUUUCCUACAGGCCUGGCCGCCCUUCGGCACCUACGCAUUUCCCCCAUUCGCUAUGAUAGCGAGGACUCUCCAGUAUCUGAAGGUAUACCAGAUUUCUCUGCUUCUGAUUACCCCCUAUGGCAGAGUCAACCAUGGUUCCUGGACCUUCUAGCACUGUCUUAUGCAGACCCGCUCUUACUGCCGUCCCAUUCGGCACUCCUUACGGAUCCGAAGGGGAACCCUCACCCGCUAAUACUGGAAGAGAGACUCUCUCUGGUGGCUUGGACUCUUUCCGGGGCACCUGGCAAGUCAGCGAACUAUAGCAGACUGCUAGGGACCUCUUAUGGGAUUCAUGGGCACCGGGGACGAGAUUAUGCUACCUCUCUGCGUGGACAUCCUGGUCCGCUUGGUGCCUGGAAUGGGACCUCGAUCCUCUUACGGCACCUAUUCCCACCAUCCUGAAUUUCCUGUCGUCACUGUUCGCGACAGGAAAAUCUUAUAGGACUAUUAACGUAGUUCCAUCAGCGAUAUCAGCAGCACAUACACCUAUCCAAGGGAUUCCGGCGGGUAAGGAUCCUAUGGUAUGUCGACUACUGAGGGGCAUGCGACUAAAACGGCCUCCGGCCCCCAAAUACACCCACCUAUGGGAUGUGGACCUCGUCCUCACCUUCUUAAGAGAAUGGCUUCGCCAACUUUCUGCAAAAAUGACGAUGUUACUUUGCUUAGUUUCCUUUCGUCGGGUAUCCGACGUUAAGGCCUUCGAAGUCAACGCCUUUUCGAUAGAUCCUGAAGGGGUCACCUUCCAUGUCUCCAGACGGACCAAAUUGAACUCCACCGCCAUUUUUUACCCCAUCUUCGUUGCGGAACCUCAAUUAUGCGUGGUAGCAACCUUACGCAGUUACAUGACAGCUACCGCUUCUCUUCGCCCGACUCCCUCCGGUCAACUACUGAUUUUCUACGUCAAAUCCUACAAUCCAGUUUCCUCUACCACUCUCGCUAGAUGGGUACGCUGGAUCUCGUCACUGGCGGGCGUGGAUGCCACUUUCGGGGUUUAUUCGGUGAGAGGCGCGACUGCUUCUUUGGCCUACGCAGCCGGAGCAUCACUAUCAGAUGUUCUACGCACGGCCGACUGGUCACGUGAAUCCACUUUUCGAACCUUCUAUUUUAGAUCGAACUCCCGUGUGGCAUUUUCUUCGUUAAAUCAGCGUUAAAAAAUGCAAAAUACGAAGCCUCCUGUCAUGUAAUGUAAUUGAAGAUUAUGCUAGCUUUAGUGUACUAAUAAUCUUAAUUUUAAUAAAGACAGGAGGCGAGUAUUUUCCCACCAAUACCCACCCUUUCGGUCUUCUAGUAUCUCUUUACUGUUCCUUCUUCUAAUUCCUCUAUCCUUCUAUAGGAAACUAGUCUCUACUCUACCCUCACCAUUCCGACUAUCCUACGUAUAUGGUGUAUAUCUCACAUGUCAGGAUUAUUAUACCUUGUUGUACUUUAGAGAGAGUGGUUCCUAUUACUAAUGUAUUGUCACUAUAAUACUAUAGUCUUACGAAUAUAUGCUGUUCAGAUGAUUCCCAUGUUUUCAUGGUCUUACGACUAGUACCUGACCUAUUCCACAUUCUCGUUUCAGUGUAACUCAACAUUGAACUUUGGUUAUAUCUAUGUGGAUCAUCCCAAAUUUAUCCUAAAUCGUUUGGAUUGAAUCUCCUGUUAUAACGGAUUACCCAAGUUUACCCUUCAUUCCACACGGAUUAUUCCGAUUCGCUUGGAUUGACCCUACAGUUACAGACCCAAGACUGGUUUCGUUUCUUUAUUGUUUGAACUUUGUCCGUCUGCGGUGUCGCUAGUAGAAAGAGGGGGAGGAGCCUGUUCACUGGGAAUACCAUACCUCCUACUGUUUUUUGAUUGGUUCUUACUAUCCUUUUCUUUACUGCUAUGGAGUUUAGUAAAGAGAGUUAUGCAAAAUACUCGCCUCCUGUCUUUAUUAAAAUUAAGAUUAUUAGUACACUAAAGCUAGCAUGAUCUUCAAUUUUAACUCUAACACUUGUAAGGAAAAAUCCUUCUUAAAUCUUAAUUUCUUCAGCCCCAUAAUAGAACAAAUUAAACACAACAAUUAAAUCUAAAAACACAAAUCAGAAAAAAACAAACCUGAAAUUACACUAAUAUGUGUUUGCUUUUUGAGGGCUCCGCUUACUAUCAUUUUAAGGUGGGAAAGACUUGCGUAGGGAAUAUUUCAGUGCAAAAAGAACUGAUUCUUUGUUUAUAUAUUAAAAAAAAAAAACACUGCUUACAUCCAAGUGCUGCCAUUAUGGACAAUUAACGCCUGGUUUACUUGCUGGGAUUGUGCUACUGCUCUCUUAUUUUAUGCCCAUUGGCAUGAAUUUCAAAACUUCAUUAUUAUUUUUAUUUUUUUAUCCAAACUGUGUUUCUUAUUAUUCUCUAAUGUCCUGCAGGAGUCACCUCUGAGCUUGCAAGUACUUUAGACAUUCUGCCCACAAUAGCAUCAUUGACUGGGGCUCCUCUACCCAAUGUAACACUCGAUGGGUAUGACCUGGGCAAAGUACUGUUUUCUGGACAACAAGUAAGUGCAUAAAGAGAGAUGUUAUUGAUUGGAAUUAGUUACCAUAGAUGAACUGAUGGGAAGGCUAUUACCCAAAUGGUACAAGAUGUGUGCAACGUCUUAUUUUUAUAAAGUGAUUGUAUGGACCUAAAAUUACAUUGGUCUGUUGUUUUGCUUUUUAAUACUUUUUAUGUUACAAACAUUUAAGUUAAUCCUGACAAAUUUGUUAUUUAAAAUACAAAAGUCGUAUUGCAUAUUUAAGAAGUCUGUACGAAUCGGAACUCUUAGUCUAGCCUUGUAAUAGACAGGAAAGAAUUGUGUACAGGUACAGCUUAAAUAAGUAGGUGGGGUGGGAGAGCGAAAAAUAUAUAGGAUGUUUCAAACACCCUCACAAUACAAGAUUGUGCCAUUGUGAGGAUAUUUAUGGGGUGAUAAAUAUUAUAAAUAAUAUUUAAUAAUUAUCAAAUUAAUAAUUUGUAUUAUAAAAAAUUUAUAUAUUGUCACUGUCCCCUUUGAUUAAUUUAGAGCUAAGGGCUACCCACUAUUUUUAACGCUUAUAGACCGUGGGGUACGUUUUAUUAGAGGAUUUGUGUUUCAUACAUUAAUCACAAACUAAUUAGAAAAAUAUAAUUUAUUGUGACAAUAAUAAUUAUAUCAAAAUGUAACAUGCGUGACAAUAAUCAGUGAAUAAUUAGGUAUAACAUGAGUAUACAAUAUGGCAGUUUAACACUGUUUCCGAUAGUUCAAUGGCAACCCUUAUAUCCACAUAGAUGCAAUUUCAACAAGAUUUACGACAGGACACUUUCUUUGAAAUCCGCUAUGCAAUUCUUAACACAGAACAUCUGAGUCUCACAGGACAGCACACAACAUAUGGCUGAAAUUUUUUUUUUCUGUCUGAACUCAAUAUAAAAUAUAAGAAAGCGGUGAAUGGGAUAAAGUGCUUCAGUAGUGCAGGCUAGCCACUCCAAAUAAGGGAUCACUCCCAAUCCCAAAAGAUACACAAAUGCAAAAAGGGGUAUAGUUCCCAAAACAUAUACCAAAUGGGGGUGCCACAAUCACAAAACGUGUAUAUAGUUACCAUACAUAUACAAUGGAGGACAGAUAAAAGAUAAAGAACAUAUAUGGUGAAGUAUUUAAUGGCACAUAAGAUAUAAAUUAAUAGUAUGUACACUCACAAAGAUGUUGGCACAAAGAGACUUAUAUCAAUUUGUGCAAAAGAGCUUGUCAACCCUUCCUGGGUUAAGUCCCCUUUAAAUGCAGAUCUGAUAUUGAUGCCUUCAGAGUAAGAGUUCUCCUUCUGAGUAUAUGUAGAGGAUGAACCCGGCAAGGACAGAUGGAUCAAUGUAGAAUCUUUGGGGUGACGCUGGAAAGCCUCAACGUGUUUCGUCCUGAGGACUUUCUCAAGAGCUGUAAGAGCUGGGUUUUUUGCCUUUGAAUAGAACUUGACAGCUUCUUCCCAGAGUCUGCUUUCUAGGCAAAAGAUAUAAUGAGCACUAUUCUAUGUCAGUGGAAACCUUCCGUUAUAAAGUGACUUUAAAGAGCUACUAAGAGCUCUGCUGUAUUCAGCAUGGAUGGUAAAAUCCCUGUCUCGGGAUUUAUAUUUUUUUUCUGCAGUGGUGAUGGUAUAUCUCCAAGUUAAGUGAGAUCUGUUGUAUUUCAUAAUAGCUGACUUACAACAACAUAAUGCAGUCUAUUAAUCAGCCAGGAUUUAUUGAUCACAAGUCAUAUAUUAAACAUGUUCAAUCACUUUGCUGGUUUACCAGCAAAGUGUCUGAACUCACACUGAAUAACAGUGAGUUAAUUCACUCACUGCUGGCUACAAUUCUCACGGGCAAAAUACCUUAUAUUGCAAUGACAAAAUACAAUAUUUCUCAUACCAGAUCAGUUAACCAUUCAUUCUCAUCCAAUAACAAAUAAGAAUAAUUCUAAUCAGAUUUUACGUUUGCAGAAUUUUAACUUUCCUAAUUAUGGAUGACUAUCCCUAAAUCCAGAUAAGUCAAUAUUUCUGGUUAAUAGCUGAUAUACUAUUUUUGGCAAAUUACCAGUAAAUAUAUUAUUUAUUCCUUCUGCAGUAAGGAACUUGGAACAGUGUUUCAUUAGCUAACUAUGAUUUCAUAAUAUUUGAAAUCUGACCAGCAUUUUUAUCCAGAUAUAUUUCUGAGUCAAAUUAAACUAAAUUAAAUAAAACCAGCAUGACC